UUAAAGAGUUAAAGGUAACAGCAGCCUGCUCUCAUUGUGCUGUAGUGAAACUAAAGACUAAAUUUCGCCAGUAGCCAUCUAGAGAGGAGAGGUUGCGCUUUUGGCUCGGACCUGCCAGAGCCUCAUAAAAGCCUCCCUUGCUCCCCUGCAUGCCCUACUUGACACAAGGUAGACAGCGUGGAAGCAUCCUCCCCUCUCACCGGCUGCUGGCCACUCUCUACACACUGCUACGGGCUCUGCAGCAGCGUGGCGCACCGGAGUGGAGCGGACCCGGUGAGGAGCCGCGGCGGACAGGAGGAGAGUGACGGAACGGCUGCCUUCUGACAAGUGGAAUUACGCCCUUCAGCGUCAAAAUGUCUCUGGGGAGUAAAAGACUCGCUGGAAUUAUUGCGUUUGUCGCAUCAGUGCUGCUUGGCUCAUGCGGGACAGAUGGAGAAGAGGUGUGUGACAAUCCACUAGUGUACAAUCUGCUGCCAACAUCCUUCAGAAGCUCCUCUCAGCUGUCAAGCAGUCACGGUCCUGGCUAUGCCAAAGUCAACAGAAGAGAAGGAGCUGGAGGCUGGUCUCCUCUGUUGUCAGAUAAGUACCAGUGGUUGGAGGUGGAUCUGCAGAGAAGAACCCAGAUAACUGCUGUUGCCACACAGGGCCGCUACGGAAGCUCUGAUUGGCUGACGUCCUACCUGUUGAUGUUCAGCGACACAGGACACAACUGGAGACAACACCGGCAGGAAGACAGCUUAGGGGCUUUUCCAGGUAACAGUAACGCGGACACUGUGAUCCAGUACAAACUUGAUCAGCCGGUAAUCGCCCGCUAUCUUCGCUUGAUCCCGCUGGACUGGAACCCCGCCGGAAGGAUCGGACUCCGACUGGAAAUUUACGGCUGCGGAUACACCUCUGAGGUGGCAGGCUUUGAUGGAAGAAGCAGCCUUGUCUUCAGACUGAGUGCCAGAACGAGCUGGACAGCCAGGGAUAGCAUCUCUCUGAAGUUUAAAACCUUGAAGAAUUCAGGAACGCUACUUCACGCAAAGGGACAGAGGGAUCACAGCCUAAAUCUGGCGCUGGAGAAAGGAAAGCUGCUGCUUUACCACCAACAAGAUGUGAGUUCAGGUUCUGGAGGCAAACUUCUUGUUUCUCUUGGAAGUCUGCUCGAUGACCAACACUGGCAUCAUAUCAAGCUGGAAAGGCUCAGCACUCACCUCAAUCUGACGGUGGAUAAAAACCUGCGGCAGGUUCACCUUCCGGCUGAGCUCAGCCACUGGCACAUUUAUAUGCUGAGUGUGGGAGCUGUCCACAGCCACGGACUCCAAACGCCCAUCCUCCACAACAGGAACUUUCACGGUUGCCUGGAAAACCUGUUAUACAACGACCUCAAUUUGAUCAAACUGGCCAAACAGAACAGCCCACAGGUCACUGCAGUGGGCAACAUGACCUUUUCUUGCAGUGAGCCAGUUUUCGUCGCCGUGACGUUCACCGACUCUCGAAGCUUCCUCCAGCUGCCCGUACCGACAUCGCGGUUGUCAGGGGUUGUUUCUGUGACGUUACAGUUCAGAACAUGGAACAAGGCAGGGCUGCUCCUGACCUUUGGCCUCCGACAGCAGGAAGGCUCAGUCUUCCUGUAUCUCAGUGACGCCAGGCUUCGCCUUCAGAUCAGUAAAGCUGGAAAUACACUCCUAGAGCUCAGCACAGGCUCGGGUCUGAAUGACGGUCAGUGGCAUUCUGUGGAGCUGAUCGCUGAGGAAAAUCACCUGAGCGUCACAGUGGACAGAGACGAAGGAGCCACCGCUCACACCAGCAUCCCACUUCUUCCUCCAGCAGACGCUCUGCUCUUUUUUGGCGGCUGUCCUGCUCACAGAGGCGGCUGGGACUGCAGAAACCCGUUCCAAGUGUUUCAGGGAUGUAUGCGUCUCUUAAAGUUGGACGGCCAACCAGUGGACUUAAUAAAAGUGCAGGAAAGGCGGCUGGGAAACUACAGUGCGCUGCAGAUUGAUAUGUGUGGCAUCAUUGACAGGUGUUCCCCGAGUCACUGCGAACACGGAGGAGGAUGCACUCAGUCGUGGAGCACCUUCCACUGCAACUGCUCGAACACUGGCUACAGAGGAGCCACCUGCCACAGCUCAAAAUACGAACAGUCAUGUGAAAUCUACAAACACAAAGGCGACACAUCAGGGCCCUUUCACAUAGAUGUGGACGGCAGUGGACCAAUCAAACCCCAACUCGUUUAUUGCAACAUGACAGAGGACCAGACAUGGAUUGUCAUGCAACAUGAUAACACAGAGCUAACCACGGUCCAGGCCUCCCCUGACUCAAACCAACACUUUGCCAACUUUCACUACCCGUCCGAAGAGGCGCAGCUAUCAGCCAUCAUCGGUCAGUCAGAGCACUGUGAGCAGGAGCUCUCCUUCCACUGCAAGAGGUCCCGCCUGUUCAACACCCUGGACGGCGCUCCGCUCAGCUGGUGGGUAGGAGGCCCAGCCUCGGGCCAGAUCCAGAACCACUGGGGUGGAGCUUCGCCUGGCAGCCGGCAGUGCGCGUGUAGCCUGCAGGACAACUGCCUCGACUCAAGUUUCUCCUGCAACUGUGAUGCUGACUAUGACCUAUGGACGGAUGACUCAGGACUUCUCACCCAUAAGGAGACCCUCCCAGUCCGUUCGUUGGUGCUGGGUGACAUCCACCGUCCAGGUUCAGAGGCCGCCUACAGGGUGGGACCUCUCCGCUGCUAUGGAGACAAAAACUUCUGGAAUGCAGCAUUUUUUGACAAGGAGACGUCGUACCUUCACUUCCCUACCUUUAAUGGAGAGCUGAAUGCAGACAUCUCUUUUCUGUUUAGAACAACGUCCUCCUCUGGGCUCUUUCUUGAAAAUCUGGGCAUCAAGGACUUCAUACGAAUAGAACUCAGCUCUUCUACAGAGGUCGUCUUCUCUUUUGAUGUGGGGAACGGACCUCUGGAGGUGAAAGUAAAGACCGCCCUCCCCCUAAACGACAACCGGUGGCACCGAGUCCAAGCUGAGCGAAAUGUGAAAGAGGCGUCGCUUCGCGUCGACGACUUCCCUGCUACCGUGCGAGCAGCUCCCUCUGAUGGAUUCAUUCAUCUACAGCUCAACAGCCAGUUAUUUAUAGGCGGCACCGCGUCAAGACAGAAAGGCUUUCUGGGCUGUAUCCGCUCCCUGCAGCUGAACGGCGUCACACUGGAUCUGGAGGAGAGGGCAAGGAUCACACCUGGCGUCCGACCCGGAUGCCCAGGGCAUUGCAGCAGCUACGCCGCGCUCUGCCAGAACCAGGGGCGUUGUGUGGAAAGGGCCAACGGGUUCUCCUGUGACUGCAGCCAGUCUGCCCACGCUGGAGCCUUCUGUCACAAAGAAGUUUCAGGCAGCUUUAAGUCGACAACAUCCAUCACCUAUAUCGUAAAGGAGCCAUAUGAGCCGAGCAGGAACAGCGGCUCUUUGCACUCAUCCAUCUACUCGGAUAUCACACUGAGAGGAGAAGACAUCUCCCUGAGCUUCAGGACAAGUCAAAGCCCUGCUCUGCUGCUCUAUGUCAGCUCCUUUUACAGAGAAUACUUGAUCCUGCUCAUCAAUAAACAUGAUGAGCUAGAGGUGAGGUACAAGUUGCACAGCAGCAGAGACGUGGAGGUGUUGAGCAGCCGAGUCAUGAACUUAGCUGACGGGCGUCUGCACACUGUGACCAUCAGGCGACAGGCAGACACGGUGUCUGUGCAGAUUGACCAGAAUGGCAAAGAGGACUUCAACUUGACGUCAGAUGUAGAGUUUAACAACAUUAAAUCGAUCAUUCUGGGAAGAGUGCCAGAAUCUGAAGGACUGGACCCAGAUCUGGCCCGGUUGGCCUCCACUGGGUUCACUGGCUGUCUGUCAGGUGUUCGAUUUGACUCCAUUUGUCCUCUGAAAGCUGCUCUGCUCCACCCUGACAGCCGUGUUACUGUCACCAGCCCGCUGGUGCCAUCAAGCUGUGCUUCGUCGUCUCAAGCUGAUUCGUACGCGGCAGAAACUACACAUUCAUUAUCAGACCAGCCUCAGUCUGUGGAUCCAGGUCAGCCUUUAGUCAACACCAUUAGGAAUGAUUCAGCGCUAAUUGGAGGCGUGAUUGCUGUGGUCAUUUUCAUCAUCGUGAGUGCUGCAGCGAUCAUGGCGCGGUUCAUCUGCAUCAGGAAAGAGACGUACCGGAACCAGGAAGUAAAAGCGGCGCAGCCGGAGGACAGCCGCGCGUUCCCGCUCAGCAGCCAGACACGAUCUCUGAGCGUUCACAGCGAAAACCAGAAGGAGUUUUUCAUUUAGCACCGGCCCACAGUAACCUCACAGGACUGAGCGGGAUAAAUAACCAAACAGUGCUUUUUUUGUUCUUUUUUUUGUAACUAUAACAGACUAUUUGAAGAACUGACAAAGGUGUUGGACUGAACAUGUACAGUUUGUAGUGUUUUGUGUGCUUAUGACUAAUUCAGUUCCGGUUUGAAAGGUUUCUGCCUAAUAUAAGAAUAAUGAUAAAAAUAUGUUACAGUGAAAACCUUCGAUCUGGGGGAGAUUUAUAAGAACUUUUCUAAGAAGAACCUUUAAAAGCCUGGUAAAUCUGAGAAGCCAGAGACAAAAAAAGCAAAAACAGAAAAAAAAAAAGCAGGGAGAUGAAAGCUUGGAUAUGCGAGGUUUACAUGGAACAGCCUAGCCAAAGCACAUUCUCAGAAUCAAAUAAAGUCCAUCUGUUAUAAAUAAGAAUUAUUCCAAAAUGUGAUGUAUAUAUGAACACCAAAUUAAAGUCACUUUAAAAUGUU